AUGUCGGGCGAGGCGUGGCUUUACCUGUUUGCGGUCAUUAUAAAUGCCGUCAACCUCUUCCUUCAAGUCUUUUUCACCAUCAUGUACAGCGAUCUGGAAUGCGAUUACAUCAACCCUACCGACCUCUGCAACCGCCUCAACACCUACAUCCUUCCCGAGUUUGCCGUCCACGCUUUUAUGACCUUUUUGUUUUUGAUCAACGGAUAUUGGGUGCCUCUGAUUUUGAACCUGCCGCUUCUCGCCUGGAACAUCAAGAAGAUUCUUGACAACACCCAUCUUCUGGACGCCACUGAAAUCUUCCGCAAGCGGUCCGUCCACAAGAAGGAAUCGUUUACCAAGCUCGGAUUUCCAUCUCAUCCUGUUCUUCUUUUACCUCUACAGCAUGAUUGUUGCGCUUAUCCGGGACGAGGCCCACUAAGCAGCUCAGCUAUGAUAUUCGCCUCGGACCGCCUCACCGUGCAUGCGAGCGACGACGGGACGUGGAGAAUGACAACAGCCAACUCGCGGCAAAGGAAGGACUCGAACUACGAUGCCCCAUCUUGCCAAGGCGGGCGACGAGUGCCCAAUUUUAUGCGUUGA